GAAGAGAGAGAGCUCCUUGGAAGAGAAGAUAGUAAGAAAUCAUAAUUGCGCAAUGAACUCUCAUAUGUUGUGUGGGAGUGUCUGUCUUUAAAAGUGUGUAUGCGGGCCGCUGUUAGACUCACAAUUUACUGACUACAGCAGACGGUCUCUUGAUACCUUCACUGGUGUUGCUCUGCACAAUACUGACUAAGAAUGAAGACGUUCACCGCAUCAGCCUUCGUGCUUCUGAUCUGCACAGCUGCACUGCUGUCCACAACAGAAGGUAGACCUAGAAUAUAUCUACGCUGCCAGUGCCUUCAAAUAUAUUCAAAGCCACCAAUUCCUACUAAGAGAAUACUGUCGUUGAGGGUGAUUCCUGCUGGACCACAAUGCAAAAAUGAGGAGAUCAUUGCCACAUUGGAAAAAGGAAUGCUGUGUCUCGAUCGGACUGAAGACUGGGUGAUCUCUCUCAUUAACCGGUAA